GCUUAGCUAACAGUGGCGUGAGCGACGCGCGGAACAGCCAAUAGCAUCCUCCCUUGGGCAGUUCCGGCUGCCGCUCAGCCAAUCAGAGUCGUUGGUGAGAGAUGAGGCGGGAACGUGGAAGAGCAGAAGUGAGUUUAGAGUUGGAACUGGUUUCCAGCUGUCAGCUGGUUGUGUCAGAGAGGAAGUGGAGUGUCGCCAGACCAGCUGCUAGUUCCUGAUCCGGGUCUGUGCUGGGCUACCUGUUGAGCUCCGAGCUGACCCAGACAGACCCACUACAUUCUAAAGGUCGAGUGGGUCACUUCCCAGCAGCACCAGCACUCUGCGAUAAGAGCUGAGUGGACCAGAUCUGACACCUGGACUGGCCUGGAACCAGGAAACAGACCUUCCUCUGGAUCCAGAUCUCCCAGGACUGUCAGUGGGUCCAGUGGGGCUGGGUCAGCCUCAGAAGAGGGUCUUUAAACAUUACUUUGUGCUCCAGGGUCCUGAAGCAGGCUGAUUCAGGACUGUUGGCUUCCUGUCUGGGAUCAUUAUUUUCCUCCUCCAGAACCAGAACUUUCCCACCAGCAGCAUCCAGAACCAGAACUGGGUUUUUCCAGUCAGUGGUCCCACCAGAACCUUUUGGACCUGUGGAGGAGCUGUGAUUCACUGGACUGACCCAGACCAGAGACAUGUCCUCUGGUAAGACCAAGAGCCAGACUUCGCUGGUCCUCCAUAAGGUGAUCAUGGUGGGCAGCGGUGGGGUGGGGAAGUCUGCUCUGACCCUCCAGUUCAUGUAUGAUGAGUUUGUAGAGGAUUACGAGCCCACAAAAGCCGACAGCUACAGGAAGAAGGUGGUCCUGGAUGGGGAGGAUGUCCAGAUCGACAUCUUGGACACGGCGGGACAGGAGGAUUACGCCGCCAUCAGAGACAACUACUUCCGCAGUGGGGAGGGCUUCCUGCUGGUCUUCUCCAUCACAGAGCACGAGUCCUUCACGGCCACGUCUGAGUUCAGGGAGCAGAUCCUGCGGGUCAAGGAAGAGGAGAGGAUCCCUCUGCUCCUGGUGGGGAACAAGUCAGACCUGGAGGACCGGAGGCAGGUCUCCGGGGAGGAGGCCACCACUAAGGCCUCUGAGUGGGGGAUCCAGUACGUGGAGACAUCAGCUAAGACCAGAGCCAACGUGGACAAGGUUUUCUUUGACUUGAUGAGGGAGGUCCGGAAAAAGAAGAUGUCUGAGAGCAAAGACGAGAACGGGCCGAGUGCCAAGAAGAAGAAGCGCUGCUACAUUCUGUAGGCAGGACCAACUGUGGGUGGGGCCAAAGGGGCCCAGGUGAACCAAAGACAGACUGAAACGGACCUCUUGUCCAGCGGUAGCUGGUACUCAACACUCUUCCUCUGCACACACUUCCACUUCCUGUUCCCAGACUCUACUUCCUGUUUAGUCCUAGGAGGCCUCCUCUAUAUUUAUCUUCCCCUCCUUCCCGAUGUCUCCGUCUUCACGAGUUGAAAGGGAAUUAUUUUAUAAUCACACGCAUCAGUCCUGAUCCUGUGACCUCCGACUGGGUCCAGCAGGAACACAAAAACCAUCAGGUUUACAAAAUAAAAGCACACUGAUUCCACUUUAUAGGCAUCUCUGUAGGAAAUAAAUGUCACUAAAAUAAAGGAAAUGAAUGCACAAACAAA